GAGGCUGUGGAUUGUGGGAGAAUUCGGACAACAGCCAUUUUCGGGUAGCGACUGUCAUCCUUGGAACACACUUCUCAAACUGUGAGAGAGCGUACCAGUCCCAGACUAUCUUUAAAACAACUUCUGAGGAUGGAUAGAACGAUGCCGACUCACAGCAAAUAGUGUUCCUGUAUUUUGAGCGCUGCUCCGGUUCAAGUUACGGAAGACGACAACAUUGACUAGGCUAAUUCGUGGCAGGCUCGAAUUCAUUAGCUAGCCAGCCAGCGAUGCUAGCAUAAUUGGUUACAAUGUAUUGCUUGGAAUUUGCAAGCUUUUAGACCGCAGCGACUUUAUACAGCGGGAUUAAAGCCAGUGGUGUUUUGUGGGCUAUUUUUAUAGUGCAGCAGGCCGAGUAACGUGUCAUCAGGAUUUAACCGGCGGGCGGACUGGGGAGAGAGAAGUGUGUGAACUCAGGUUAUGUCCACCAUGGUGUACCCACGCAGCGAGGAGGCCCUGGAGCGCCUGACCCAGGAUGAGAUCGUGCUCAACACAAAGACUGUGAUGCAGGGCUUGGAGACACUCAGAGGGGAGCAUGCCCAGCUCCUCACGUCCCUGCUGGACUGCACCCAGCCACCUGCUGCCCAGGAGAAGUCAGGCCUGCUGCGGAAGAGCUUGGAGGCCAUAGAAUUAGGCCUGGGAGAGGCACAGGUGAUCAUUGCCCUGUCGGGUCACCUGAGUGCUGUGGAGUCAGAGAAACAGAAGCUAAGAGCCCAGGUCAGACGACUGUGUCAGGAGAACCAGUGGUUAAGAGAUGAGCUGGCAGGAACACAGCACAAGCUGCAGCGUAGUGAGCAGAGUGUUGCCCAGCUGGAGGAGGAGAAGAAGCACCUAGAGUUCAUGAACCAGAUCAAGAAGUUUGACGACGACGUGUCACAGUCUGAGGAGAAGGCUGCAGGGGAGACGUCUAAAGACAGCCUGGACGACCUGUUCCCCAACGAUGACGACCAGGGACAGGCCCAGCCCAGCGGAGAGGUGGCGGCCCAGCAGGGUGGCUAUGAGAUCCCGGCCCGCCUGAGGACCCUCCACAACCUGGUGAUCCAGUACGCCUCCCAGGGGAGGUACGAGGUGGCCGUGCCCCUCUGCAAACAGGCCCUGGAGGACCUGGAGAAGACCUCCGGACACGACCACCCUGACGUGGCCACCAUGCUCAACAUCCUGGCCCUGGUCUACAGGGACCAGAACAAGUACAAAGAGGCAGCCCACCUGCUGAACGAUGCCCUGGCCAUCAGAGAGAAGACCCUGGGGAAGGACCACCCUGCGGUAGCCGCCACUCUCAACAACCUGGCUGUGCUCUACGGGAAGAGGGGAAAGUACAAGGAGGCUGAGCCCCUCUGUAAGAGAGCCCUGGAGAUCAGAGAGAAGGUCCUGGGGAAGUACCACCCUGAUGUGGCCAAGCAGCUGAACAACCUGGCCCUGCUGUGUCAGAACCAGGGAAAGUACGAGGAGGUGGAAUAUUAUUACAGACAAGCCCUGGAGAUCUACCAGUCCAAACUGGGGGCUGAUGACCCCAACGUAGCCAAGACCAAGAACAACCUGGCUACAUGCUACCUCAAACAGGGGAAGUUCAAGGAUGCUGAGUCCCUGUACAAAGAGAUCCUAACCAGAGCACAUGAGAAGGAGUUUGGAUCAGUCAACAAUGACAACAAGCCAAUCUGGAUGCAUGCGGAGGAGAGAGAGGAGAGCAAGGGGAAGAGGAAGGAAGCUAGUCCCUGUGUAGAGUAUGGGAGCUGGUACAAGGCCUGCAAAGUUGACAGUCCUACUGUCAAUACCACCCUGAAGAGCCUGGGGGCGCUGUACCGCAGGCAGGGUAAAUUACAGGCAGCUGAGACACUGGAGGAGUGUUCUACCAAGACACGCAAGCAGGGUAUAGAUGCCAUUAACCAGAGUAAGGUGGUGGAGCUCCUGAAGGAUGGGGCCCCAGGAGGGGGUGAGCGACGGCAGAGCCGGGAGGGUCUCAACGGGCCCCAGCGGGGGGACUGUGAGGGGGACGACGGAGCAGAGUGGAACGGGGAAGGUAACGGUUCGUUGCGUCGGAGCGGCUCCUUUGGGAAGAUCCGUGAAGCGCUACGUAGGAGCAGUGAGAUGCUGGUGAAGAAACUACAGGGCAGUGGCCCCCAGGAGCCCCGCAACCCAGGUAUGAAGAGAGCCAGCUCCCUCAACUUCCUCAACAAGAGUGCAGAAGACCCCUCACAGGACGCCAACACUGGCCUAUCAGAAUGCAGAGGACUGAGUGCCAGCAAUGUGGACUUGUCAAGACGCAGCUCCCUGAUUGGUUAAAUAGAGACAGGAGGCAGGACUAGGAGGAGAAAGGUCCAAUGACGGGACCAGGAGGAGGAAAGCCCAAUGAGGAGAGGCAGUUUGCCGCCCAAAGCGAUCAAAACACACUUCAGAUCCAACAUUCACAUUCAAGACACAUUUUCUAAAGAAACAAGAAAAAGCAUUGCAAAAAAAACCUGACUUGACGCUUUUAGUGACUCAGACGUCUCUGUGUCUGCUUCACUGUAUACUUCGCUGGCAUCUAUCAAACAAGUAGAGAAAAUCAUAUUUAAACGGCAUGCUGCUUACUAGAAGGUGGAAUGUUUGCACUAGACACUCAUCAUGGUGAGUCUGAGGCAUAGCAUCAUGACAGAAUCCAUAUUGUUAUUGCAGUGUGACAAAUUUGUAUCUUAACCCGCACACUCUCAUGCAGACACUCAACCUUAGGUAGGCUAGUUCUAUUCUGAUUUCUAUCUUAGAGAAGUGUAACCGACAUCAGUGUGCCGCUAACGGUUUAGCUUCCUCCACCGGCCCUGUCUCCAUCCCGGGAUCAAACCAGUGAUCCUCGUGAUCCACGUGACCGCCCUCCAUGACAACGUGUGAACACGAUUGAGCUAUACAAAAGGUACCAGUUGGUUAGCUCCAUCGGCAACAUUUCAAGCUAGCUGCGGAGCAUUAUGGUACGUUCUUAACUCUGUUACAGAAGCAUCACACUUAGCUCACUAGUGGCGUGAUUACUGAAAAUGUUAACAACCCAUUCAAUGGAAAUCACAGUGCUAGAGCCAUAUAAAUCAUACGUUUUUAAGACGAGGUAUGAACUAUAGCUGUUAGAAACUUCAGCGAGGUAAAAGACAGAUGGUACACAAUCUUUUUGGGAUGUCAAAUAAAUCGGGGUAUUUAAACAUCAUCUGGGAGAAAAAAACGGCACUGACCAGUUUAACCUCCUUUUGCCGUCUGAAUGGUUAUGUAUAUACAGGUUUAAAUUACUGACCAGUUUAACCUCUCCUUUUGCCGUCUGAAUGGUUAUGUAUAUACAGGUUUAAGUUACUGACCAGUUUAACGUCUCCUUUCGCCGUCUGAAUGGUUAUGUAUAUACAGGUUUAAGUUACUGACCAGUUUAACCUCUCCUUUUGCCGUCUGAAUGGUUACGUAUAUACAGGUUUAAGUUACUGACCAGUUUAAUCUCUCCUUUUGCCGUCUGAAUGGUUAUGUGUAUAUACAGGUUUAAGUUACUGACCAGUUUAACCUCUCCUUUUGCCGUCUGAAUUAUUUUUUUAUUAUUUAUUAUUAUUUUCUAUUUCUUUCUUUGUAUAUAGCGCACAGACAGGUUCUUGUUUGAACUGGUUAGAGGUUAGGAGAACCUCUGAAUUGGAGACAGACGCUGGAAGAGGACAGUCAGAAAAGAGUGAAGAGAGAAACAGGGAGAAUAGACUAUAGAAGAGAAGAGAAACAGGGAAUAUAGACUAUAGAAGAGAGAAACAGGGAAUAUAGACUAUAGAAGAGAGAAACGGGGAGAAUAUCGGCACUUAAUGGGUGUCCUAACUUCUAGUCCAAUUUUCACUUAGUCUCCCACUGACAUGAAGUGAAAAUUUGACAAAAUGGAGGUUAGAAUUUCCCCCUGAAUCUAUAGCCUGAUCUGGUCAGAUAUGUUUGUGCUCUAAUCAACUACUGUUCCGUUCGUUGCCUUGUCAGACAAUUAUGAACGUGACAGAAGAGUUGGCUAAAGGUCAAACAUAUCAGAGACCAGGUUCGUAUUCGUUAGGCACUAAACAGAAGAAAACGGACUGAAACAGGGAGGAACUACCUUGAUUUUUACAAUAAGAAACUCUCGUUUUAAUUUUCUGUUGCAAAAACGUUUCGUACGGUGUGCACUAAUGAAUGGCGAGACCAGGCUAACUUAGUUAAUCUCAGACCUGGGGAAUAUACUGGAAAUGCUGACGUGACAAGCAGUACCGGUGUAUCUCAGUCAGUGUGCAGCCUGUUAGCAAGGCGCGGUACAAAUGCCUGUUUAGCUCCACCACUGAAGUCCCAUUUCUCUUACGUGAUCCGGUGGUGUUGGUACUGAAAAACACAUUAUUAGCCUGACUGAUGCUGUGGAGGUGAAUGUGCUCCUAUGUUGAGCGUUGUUUUAGCAAAUGCAUGGUCACAUGUCUACCACAACACAACGUUUCUCCCCCAGUCAAAUACUAUUAGAUCUCUACAUAGUUGUAAUGCCCUCGUAUUAGUUAAGAUGGUACAAUACAGUGCAUCUGUUUCUGUAAGAGGUAAGCAUUAGGCAUCCCGUAUGUACCGUAUCAUGGUUAUCUGUCCUUGGUUGGCCUUCACUGAAUAAUGAGAGCAUGGUACGUCCUUAUCUUUUUAUGUAAAACAAUGAUCCUUUAUUAUAACGUGAUGUUGCUUGGAAAGAAUCCGAUUGGUUGCAGAACUUCUCUGAUCUAACCAAUGACAGUCCUUCACCAAAUGUUCUCAUCAUUUAUGUCUUAUAAAUGAUUGAUUGAUUGGCUCCAACCUCAAGUGACGAUGUGCGGGGUAUUGUUGUUGAACUCUGAAUGAUGAUUUGAAUGUUGGGUUUUACUUUGAUGAGAGGUGGGGAGGGAAGAGGUUAACCGUGUACUGUGUUGGCUCUUUUAAGUGUCUGGUGCGUGAUUUAGGAGUCCCAAAUUUGAUAGCAAGAGACUUGGCCAACAGAAUGUAUAUAUCUUCUGAGAAGGAGAGUGGUCCUAAUGAGUUUCACCUCCUGAUUGUGUUGCUAGUGCAAUGUAAGGUGGGGAUGGGAUGGAUUAUUGAUUUUUACUGGGGAAACGGAUGGAACGAAAGUUUAAGUAUGUGACAAAUGCAGGCUAGAAGGGCUGAGGAGGAGAACACUGAUGAUGAACGAUAACGGGGGAAAUAGAAAUAUGAAGUGCUGUUCGCUGAGAAAAGACAGAGAUUCAGUGAUUGAAAAGAAAGAGAAAACAGAACAUUGGAGAGAGGAAUAUGGAAAAGUGCUUUAAGUUUCAUUGUGGGAAAUAAUGUACAGAAUUGUCGGUCUCUGUCACACUCAACAUGUGCAAGCACCCAUGUUGUCUAGCUAUGUAAAAGUCUGUUGAAACACUGGACUAUAGUCUGUAGAUGCUGUAUUUACACACCAACAAAUGUUUCAAAGAACACACCUAAACAGUGCUCCUCCUACAAAUGUAUACCACAUGUUCAUGUAGAAGUAAGAACACCCUCCUCACCAUCUGUCAAUCAGUGUGUCACUAUGGAAACUAGAAUGUAGCCAUGGAGGUAGGAGGGGGGAUCUCAUUGUUAGUGGCCAACAACCUUGUGUAUAUUUUAUUAAAGGUUCAAUAAAGGAAAAACUCCACUUUUCAAACUGA